CAGAUACUGUCAGUUCAGAAAUUGGACUCAUGCUGUUAACAUGCAUUGGGGCAGUGAAGACCGAUAUAUUAUCUACUUUAUGCCUUCAAGAACUCAUGAAUUAGAGAAAGACGUGCACCGACAAAGAAAAUGCCGCUGCAAGUGCAGUGAGAGGCACAGAAGGAGGUGGAUAUGCUUUGCCUGCGUAAAGCCCGCUGCAGCGUUCGAGGAGGACUCCAGCAGGCGAGGCCGCCAGCACCUCCGCGCACCUGCCGGCGCCCCAAAACCAGCGCCGGAAACGCUUUGGCCUGGAGUCACGUGGGCGCCUCCGCCGCAGCCCCGCCUCCCCCGGCCGGCCGGAAGUGGCGCGUGCGCCUGCUCAGUGCGCGCACCACCGGGCCGAAGCUGCUGCCUCGGAGCCGCCGUGUUGCUUCCCCGUCAGGUUGCUGAGGCAUGGAGCGGGUGGGCGGCGGCGGCGGCGGCGCCGAUCGCCGCGGCUCCUCCUCCGCAGGCCCGCGAAGCACCUUCGUGUUGAGUAACCUAGCGGAGGUGGUGGAGCGUGUCCUCUCCUUCCUACCCGCCAAGGCGUUGCUUCGGGUGGCCGGCGUGUGUCGCCUGUGGAGGGAGUGUGUGCGCAGAGUGUUGCGGACCCAUCGGAGCGUCACCUGGAUCUCCGCGGGCUCGGCGGAUGCCGGCCACCUGGAGGAGCAUUGCUUGGUCCGCGUCGUAGCCGAAGAGCUUGAGAAUGUCCAUAUCUUACCACGGACAGUUCUUUACAUGGCUGAUUCAGAAACUUUCAUUAGUCUGGAGGAGUGUCGUGGCCAUAAGAGAGCCAGGAAAAGAACUACUAUGGAAGCAGCAUUUGCCCUUGAGAAGCUAUUCCCAAAACAAUGCCAAGUUCUUGGGAUUGUGACCCCAGGAAUUGUAGUGACGCCAAUGGGAUCAAGUAGCAAUCGACCUCAGGAAAUAGAAAUUGGAGAAUCUGGUUUUGCUCUAUUAUUCCCUCAAAUUGAAGGAAUAAAAAUAAAACCCUUUCAUUUUAUUAAGGAUCCAAAGAAAUUAACACUAGAAAGGCAUCAGCUCACUGAAGUAGGUCUGUUAGAUAACCCCGAGCUUCGUGUGGUCCUUGUAUUUGGCUAUAAUUGCUGUAAGGUGGGAUCCAGUAAUUAUCUGCAGCGAGUAGUCAGCACUUUCAGUGAUAUGAAUGUCAUCUUGGCUGGAGGCCAGGUGGACAACCUGGCAUCGCUGACCUCUGAGAAGAACCCUCUGGAUAUUGAUGCCACUGGUGUGGUUGGACUAUCAUUUAGCGGACGCCGAAUCCAGAGUGCCACAGUGCUUCUCAACGAGGAUGUCAGUGACGAGAAGACUGCUGAGGCUGCGAUGCAGCGCCUGAAGGCAGCCAGCAUUCCAGAGCAGAACACCAUUGGCUUCAUGUUUGCAUGUGUUGGCAGGGGCUUUCAGUAUUAUAGAGCCAAGGGGAAUGUGGAGGCUGAUGCAUUUAGAAAGUUUUUUCCUAGUGUUCCUUUAUUUGGCUUCUUUGGAAAUGGAGAAAUUGGAUGUGAUCGCAUAGUCACUGGAAACUUUAUAUUGAAGAAAUGUAAUGAGGUAAAGGAUGAUGAUCUGUUUCAUAGCUAUACAACAAUAAUGGCACUAAUUCAUCUUGGGUCAUCUAAAUAAAGCCACCUGUACAGUGGCUUUCACAAUAUAUAACUUUUGGGCUCUGCCUUUUCCAGAAAGCAGAAACUUGGGAUAUGUACAUUUCAAACAAAAAAAACUUUAUAUGUAUCUGUUUUGUAACUUUGACACUCUAAAGAUUAUUUGGUAGUUUUUAAUAGAUGGAAACCUUUGUACAUAAUGUAAUGCAGGACUGAGAGUUGAGAGCUUUUGCAUCAGGCACAAGUUAACCGAUUAUGGCUGUGUUGCACCAGAUUACGUAGCUGCUGUGUGACAGGACUUUAGUCUUCUGCAUAGGAAGACUGAAAAAGGAUUUAUCAGCAGGAAGGAGAUUUUAAGACAUUCCAUGACUACCUCUAAAAUGUUAGUGAUCUUUCAGCAUGAAGAUAUUUUUCUCCCUUAAUAAAGGAGAAAAAUAUA